AAAUGUUUCAGGAUGUUGUAGUUAUGUGGGCUGACCAUAGGAACGCAAUCAUUAACACCUCAGUCCGUAACACUGCGCAUGUAGACAUUGGUUAUAGAGAAGUUCGUUAGACUGAAGGCAGCGAGAUUUAAAUAUUGUACUCUAAACCAUUGAAAGGUGAAAACAUCUUUUCAAAUGAAAAGAAAGAUCAAAGUCUCUUAUUAAUAUUAGAACUAUUGACGUAGAUCUUCCACAAUGUUUGAGUUUGAUCAUCAGACCCUGUGAUUGGCCCACUGCUUUCUUUGAUAUUUGGAAAUGACAAACUUUCCAUAACACUUAUUUUGCAUGAUACUUUCAGUAUAGAAACAUUAAUUGAUCAAUCUGGUGUGGGUCUUUCUAAGGGGUACACAGUGACGGAAGGAAUCGAUAUUUGUCAUGUUGCUGAACGCCGGGUUUUGUCUAGAUUGAAGAAAGUGUGAUUUUGUGAAGACUUUCUUGACCAGUCCAUGAAUUUCCGGAAAAAUCAAAAACUGCAGAUGUCUCUUUAAAGUGUGUUAUAGGACGUCGACGCAAGAUGACGUGCUGUGGUUACGCCUCCUGGUGGGCCAAAAUCUCCUGGGGGUGCGUGAUGCUGGCAUCUAUCUUCCAAGUGGUGGCAUGGUCCACUCCCUCGUGGAUGAUAGGAACAAGUGGAGGCACGACCACGAGGGUGGGACUGUGGAAGACACGCACGUGCACUAGUGUGUGUUCGGAGACAUCGACUGAUAUUUCGUACAAAAACGACGCAUUCCGGACCACUCAGGCUAUGGAGACGAUAGCUUUCAUUCUGAUGCUGCUGAUGCCCUUUCUGAUGGGGGCAUAUGUGAUGUCUGAUCGCUUCCGGAGUCCCAGAUUGGCGGUCUGGUGCAUGAUUGGGUGUUUUGUUACAGCCCUGUUUCUGUUGAUGGGAAUGGUCACGUGGUUCGUGUACGUCACAAGUCCCUGGGACGUGUCCUACUCACUCGGGUUUAGCGUCAUCGCCCUUGUUUUAAUGAUCAUCGCCGGACUACUUCUCAUACCAGACGUUGACGAAGAACAUUCCUACAGAUUUUGUACAGACUGUUUCCAUCACCACUCAGAUGGCAGAUCGAAAAGUCGGUCAGUGUCACCAGACUUCCAUAGCGACAGAUUCAGGUACCGAAACGACCGGUCCGCAGCUGUAACAGCCCAGUCCGAAUACAACCAGACGCCACGACCAAUGAUGACACCGGUGGAAAAUGCUGGAAAUGGUGGAAAGUCCUACAGACCUGCUACAUUUAACAACAUAUCGGCUACAACGCUACAGAGAGAUCGUGUGGGCUUCUAACAACAACCCUGUCUAUUUGUUUUGUUUUGGGUUGUUGUUUUUUUUAAUUUUGUUUUGGCUAGUCCCUUUACUGAUACCAUUUUUAGCUUGCCGGUGCCAAAGUCUAGACGCCAUUUGUCAUAUCAGUAUUUAUAUUGAUGUGAUGUAGAUUAAAGCUUGUUCAGAUUUAUAUU